AAGCAAGAGUGCAAGACGGCGACGACAAUGCCUCCAAACAGAUCAAAUCAGCCUCGCGUACCUUGCUUGCUCCCUUCCCUUCCUUUCCCUUCCUGCGCAAUUAUUGAUUGCAAAUUCGAAGCCUCUCGGACAGGCUCCUUGAUUUCAGCAACAUUCGCGUCACUCGUCUCAGAAUCUCAGUCAUCAAUCGUCAGAGCUAAAAAAAAUUGUUCUUGAUCGAGCAGCGCCAUGGCGACGGCGGCGGUGCCGGCCUCUCGGACAGGCUCCGGCGGCGUCGUGCGGCGGCGGCGGCGGCGCGUGCUGAUGUUCCCGCUGCCGUUCCAGGGCCACCUGAACCCGAUGCUACAGCUGGCCGGGGCGCUGCACGCGCGUGGUGGCCUGGACAUCACCGUCUUCCACGCCACCUUCAACGCACCCGACCCCGCGCGCCACCCUCCGGGGUACCGCUUCGUCCCCGUCGGCGAUGGCGUGCCGUCGGCCGACCUCGUCCCGUCCGGCGUCGACGCCGACAUCCCUGGCGCGCUGCUGCGGAUCAACCGCCGCCUGCGGGAGCCGUUCCGGGACUGCCUGCGUCAGGCUCUCGCCCUCCCCGAGGACGACGGCGACGAGGGCGGCGCGCCGCCGGCAUGCCUGGUGGUGGACUCCAACCUGCGCGGAAUGCAGCUGGUGGCCGAGGAGCUCGGCGUGCCCACGCUCGUGCUGCGCACCGGCGCCGCCGCAUGCCUCGUCGCCUACUUGGCGUUCCCGGCGCUCUGCGACAAGGGCCUCCUCCCACCGACAUCCAAAGACAAGUCCCAGCUGGACAUACCGCUAGACGGGCUCACACCACUACGCCUAAGAGACAUGGUGUUCUCGCCCACUACUACACAUGCGAACAUGACAGAGUGCCUAAAAUGCCUGGUCGACGCAACGAGGAGUUGUUCCGGCGUCAUAUUCAACACCUUCCGAGACCUGGAGGACUCCGACCUCCAGAGGAUCGCCAAUGGCGUCGUCGGAGUGCCGAUCUAUCCUGUCGGCCCCCUCCACAAGAUCUCUCCAUGCACCGAGGACAGCUUACUGGCGCCGGACCGGGCGUGUCUAGAGUGGCUGGACAAGCAAGAGGCGGACUCCGUUCUGUACGUGAGCUUUGGGAGCCUGGCACGCGUGGACGGAAAGGAGCUGCUGGAGAUAGCAUGGGGCCUGGCCGACAGCAAGAUGCCAUUCCUGUGGGUUCUUCGCCACGGCUUGUUGGUCAACUCAUCAUCAUCCGACGACGACGACGACCAGGACAAAGUGAGGAGGCUUCUUCUUCCCGGCGGCUUCGAGGAGGCGACGCGCGGAAGGGGGGUGGUGGUGCCCUGGGUCCCGCAGCAGGAGGUUCUACGGCACCGUGCAGUUGGCGGGUUCUGGACUCAUAGCGGAUGGAACUCCACUCUGGAGAGCGUCUGCGAAGGUGUCCCGAUGAUGUGCCGACCCCAGUUCGCCGACCAGAUGAUAAAUACGAGGUACGUGCAAGAAGUGUGGAGGGUAGGGUUUGAGCUAGAUGGCGACCAGCUGGAGAGGCGCAAGAUCGCGGGGGCUGUUACAAAGCUGCUUUGUACGGAGGAAGGAAGGCGUAUGAGACAGAGGGCCAGAGAUUUAAGAGACAAAGCCAUCGAGUGCGUCCAGGAAGAAGGCGCCUCCAAGUCUGCAAUUCAGCUAUUGAUAGAUCGCAUAGCGUCAUUUUAGUUGUGUUCCAUGACAAGACAGUUAAAUUGUAUGACGCCAAUGCUACAGGGCUCAAUAUAAUGUAUGUGAUGCGCUGAACUAAUAUUUAUAAAUAAUGUAGUUUAUAAUGGUAUUGCACAACUCUUAGCAUAGUUUGUUUC